GGUAGUAAAGUGGGCAGGAAUGGUGGCGCUGUACCCAAGAUAGACCUGAUAUUUGUCAUCGACAGCAGCGGUAGUGUUCGACAACAAAACUUCACCGUUGGCAAAGACAUGAUGAAGGAAAUCGUAGACUUUGUGGACCAACAGGCACCAAUCUCUAGUACAGGAUCAAGAAUUGCCUGUGUGAGCUUUUCUUCCCCUGCCCUUACCCGCACCCAGUUCACCUUCACGGCCAAUAGCAAUCCUGCAGCCGUCAAGACGGCAAUCGACGGCAUCAAAUUUGACAACGGUCCAAGUACAGCAACGGGCGUGGGUCUUGAAAAAGCUAAAACGGUCUUGGGUGCUGCUUCGGGUGCUGGACGCGUGCCUUUAUUAUGGAUACUGACAGAUGGCAAUAAAAAUAGCGGGAAAGACCCCGUCCCAGUGGCAAAUGCGCUCAAGGCUAAUGGUGUAGAGAUAUUUGCCAGUCCUAUCGGCCCCAAGGUAAAUCUCGCGAGCAUCGAGGCCUUGGUUUCGCCUCCAAUUCCCGACCACAUAUUCGAAGCCCAGUCCUUCGCUGCUGCUAGAAGAAUUGCCAACAGGGCCUUCACUAGUUUUAGGAACGCACAUGGGCUUCCCUCACCUACACAGGCACCACCGACACCACCACCGACAACACCACCAAAUUUCUUUCUCAACUUAUUGAGGAACUGGCUCAGAAACAUUGGAAAAUAAGCGUAACGUAAAUGGUUUAAAUUCGG